AUGACUAUCCCGAUUUAUACAGCUCGAAGCCGAGCCGAAUUCGGACGACGGUCUCAGGAGCAUGGCGGCAUACGGCUUAUUUUUCAUCUAAGGAAAGGGGAAGUGAUGCGUUCUGCUAGCAGAUGGUCAUUCCGACAUUUGCUUGGUUUUCGACUGCUCACUCUCCCAGAAAAGCCCUUUCUGGAGGGUUUUAAAACUGAUCACAAGAAUCACUGCCCACUGUGUAAUACUGAAGGGCAGAGUUCGCAGAGUGUUGACCAUUAUUGGACGAAAAUUCUCAUAUCAGAUUGUCCAAUCGACUUUCUGAAAAGCACGGACUCUGAGCUUCUACGCCUACCAGGUGGUUUUUUUUGGGUCCAACUCGCACGAGUAACCCGCUCUCAAGUCGUCACCGAGCCGCGGUCAUAUCCUCAGCGCGAACGACGACCUCCAAAAGCAGACGGUUUCGUGAAUUCAACAUCUGCUAUUCCAGGGUCCUCCUCUUCCGUGAAGCUCACUUCAUCCGAAUUUGAGGUUGACCUUGACGACCUUGACGAGGAUGAGCAUGACGCUCGGCGAAGUAGACCCGAGGAAGUGACCGUUCACUUCUUGAUGUCUUUUCUUCAAUUCGCUUUGAACCUCUGUCUAUUACAGGAUGAAGGAAACCGAGAGGUACGACCGCGGGUCGAACGCCUAAAAGCUACGAUCCUCGUUGCUGGCCAUGAUAUUAGCGCAGAAGAUGAUGGUGGGAUUUGCAUGAUGGACCGGCAGCCCGAUGGUUGGAGGAUGGUAAAACCAUACCUGGCCCUCGUUGAGGCGAAGAAGGCGUUUAAAUAUCUCGACUUUGACGAGCGGACGGGACAACCUAAGCCAGUAGUGUCAAAUGAGACUCUGGCUCAGUACCUUGGCGAAGCGGUGAUGAUAUGGCGAGCAAACCGAACACAUCUGCACCAAGAUGUCUUCCUCCUCGCAGCGACUAAUACUUUUCUACGUGUCAUUCAUUUCAAAUUCGGCUCUCAUUAUGGUGAAUACGUCGAUGCUACAAGCAAGGAGGCACAGACGAUCCUGGUCGAUGACGAAAACAAAGACACGUUUAUCUACAUGAACAGCACUAAAUGGUUUAAUCUUCAGACGUCUGGGGGAAGAAAGUCCGCGCUGUGUCAUAUUCUAGCGAUAAUAAGGUGGCAUGACAAACCUUACACCAUAUCAUUACCUGCUAUUCAAGACUGCAGUGACCGUGACCCUGAGGCUGGCUACAAUGGCCCCGAGGUUGACCACAGUGACGAGGCUAUCUCCAGUGGAGAUGACGAUGAUCUCCCCCCCAUGGAAGACCAUAGCGAUCAGGAUACAAAUAUGGAUAGUUUCUAG